UAAUGUCAUUUUUCCUUUUUCUCUUGUAUUAAAAUAGUAAUUUCAUUUUUUUAGUGAAAAUAGUAAGUUUUUUAAUACCAAAGAAGAGCAAUGCUAGCAACACUCGCCAUUUGCACUCUCCGACCAACACUUCCAAUUUCAUUGGGCCACGUUAUCAGUCAUGGCGCGAAGGCACGGCGUCAACUACCACCCAACGGUAGCAGCUGCCCUCAUCCUCCUUCCACGCACCUGCCGAGUCACAGCUCACUAGUCCACUCACGAUUCCUGACAAAGAGAAGCUCAACUCAGCGACUAUUUUACCCUAAACGGCAGGAGGUCACUAUCAUCACGCCCUUGAAAACUGCGCUCACCUUUUUCCUCGCUCAGUCCACUUCCUCUCACCUAAAAAAACCCGAAAUCGCAAAAUUACUUCUCCAACUUUCCUUCACGAUCAGUUUGCCAAUUAUUUUCUCAGGAAAACUUGCAGACUCAAAAAUUUCCCGAGAAAGCUUCUCUGGAAAUGGAAUCGUCCGCCCAGCACCGUCUCCAUGCCAUUCAAUCUCAUCUCCUCCCUUCAACUGCCGCCACUGCCGACGAUCGCUCUCUUCUCUUCCAUAACCUCGCCUCCUCGAACUUCUUGAACGGCCAAGGGUAUAGUGUGGUUCUUCCAGAGAAAUUGCAAACAGGGAAAUGGAAUGUCUAUAGGUGC